CCCUUCUUUCUCUCCCUAAUCUUGCGUUGAAGUCGCCCUCGCUCUCCGCCGCAAGUCUCUGGGGUUCGUUACGACCCCUUCCCUCCCUCUUGACCGGUUCCUCCCUUUCUUCCUCUCUCUCUCUCUCUCUCUCUUUGCCUAGCCUCCUUAUUCUCUUCGCUGAUUUGAUUCUUUCUUUCCAGGGUUCGGAUUUGCUCCGAGCUCGCCCAAUCUCUCGCCGUCCUGCCGCAUCACAAGAAUCCGAUAGCGUUCGAUCUCGAUGCCGUGGGAAUAAGCUGGUGUCUAUCCGGUUGGAUUCUCGAUCAGGCAAUAAUUUCAUCUGGUCAAAGUGGUAGACUUUUCUAGACCACUUCCUACUCAGAUGUUUGAUUGCAUGAUCUAAAUGCUCUUUUGUUCUGGAAAUGAGAAGCUUUCAGGAAGCCCUCGAUUAAUGGACUGCACUCACAACUGCAGUGACAAGAAGACGCUAAAGAGGUGGUUUUUCAUUGACAAAAGGGUUGGUUAAAUAAUAGGAGCAUAGAAGGCGAUUUAUUAGCUUCUGUGCUAGCUGUUAGAUAUCAUUCCUCUGUUGAGCAUAAUAUGGGCAGUGGUCUGGAUUGAAUGGAUUUGAAGCCAAACCAUAGUUCCCCUGUUCUGACUGACCCAGUGCCUGUAAACAACUCAAGAUUAGGAUUGCCUUCUAAUAUUAUACCAUAUUCACCUCAAGGACCUGCAUAUCCUUCUUCUAGUAUGCAUUUCACAAUUUCCAGAAAAAAGCCCAUACCCAGUAAGCUCGAUGAUGUCCGUCAUGGUGGUUGGCUAGAUGCCAUGAAAUCUUCAUCACCUCCUUGCAGAAAGUUAAACAAGGAUUUCAGCUCUGAGAUUGUAUCAGUUGAACAAGAGGUUGCGUAUCAUACCUGGAUGUUGAAAUACCCGUCAGCAUUAAAUGCACUAGAACAGAUCACAGCCUUUGCCAAAGGCAAGAAGAUUGCGUUGUUUUUGGAUUAUGAUGGAACUCUUUCACCUAUUGUGGACAACCCUGACCAUGCUUAUAUGCCUAGUGCGAUGCGUACCGCUGUUAAAAAUGUUGCAAAAUAUUUUCCAACGGCAAUUAUUAGUGGAAGGAGUCGUGAUAAGGUGUAUGAAUUCGUUGGACUAACUGAAUUGCAUUAUGCUGGUAGUCAUGGAAUGGACAUUAUGGGCCCAGUCAGAGAAUCUGAGUCCAUUGGGGACCAUCCAAACUGCAUUAGGUCUGCUGACAAGCAGGGUAAGGAGGUAAAUCUCUUCCAGCCUGCUAGUGAGUUCUUACCAAUGAUCGACGAGGUUUUUAGAUCCCUCGUUGAGAAUGUUAAAGAUAUAAGAGGUGCUAAAGUAGAGAACAACAAGUUUUGUGUCUCUGUACAUUACCGCCUUGUAGAUGAAAAGAGUUGGCCUGCCGUUGCACAUUGUGUGUGUGAUGUCCUAAAGGACUACCCUCGUUUGCGAUUGACUCGUGGGCGGAAGGUUUUAGAGAUCCGCCCUGUGAUUGAUUGGGACAAGGGUAAAGCUGUCGAAUUUCUGCUUGAAUCACUUGGAGUAAACAAUUGCAAUGAUUUGCUUCCUAUUUAUAUUGGGGAUGACCGUACUGACGAGGAUGCAUUCAAGGUUCUAAGGGAGAGAAACCGUGGCUACGGUAUUUUGGUUUCAUCAGUGCCAAAAGAAUCCAAUGCCUUUUACUCUCUUAUGGACCCAUCGGAGGUAAUGGAAUUUCUGAAUUCCCUGGUGAGAUGGAAGAAGUCGACAGUAUCAUAAGAAGAGGAAUUUCAAAUAAUUCCACCUCCAAUAAAUGUUUAUAAAUAAUAUAUAAAUGUAAAGAGUUAUAUAUAUAUAUAUAUAUAUAUAUAUAUAUAGGCAAAACGUGAAGGAGCUGAAUUUUCACGCUGCCGGUCAGAGCUUGGCAUCUGGUUUUUAUUUGUUAUAAUUUUAUGGGGCCCUGCGUUUCUGUUUAUGCAAUCUCUUCUAUUUUGUUCGGCAGUAGAUUCUCAAGUUAUUCGCCCAUCUUCAGUUCGUACUGCAUAUUUGUUUGUUCAUUCAUUGUUGACAGUUCAAAGCUUAAUGGAUAGUUCUUUUGUGAUGUA